CAAGAGGCAACACGUCUGAAAGCGUUAGUCAAGUUGAACUCAUUUCUAAAUAUAGUUCUGUCAGCUGUGUGAGCUCUUCUAUAUUUUUAAUUUUGCUACUUUCUUUAAAGUUUGCUCUGCUUUCAUUGGCCCUUACUCACUUUCUAGCACAGUCCCACCCAUAAGACUCAAUAUGAUUUGAAGGCUUCACACUUUUAUCUCUUAUGCUGGCGCUGAAGACUACCUCUCUGUGUCACUCCAACCCUCAACCCUGGCAACAGAAGCUUGGGUCCUCCAGAACUAUUUCCUGUUUGUCCAGUAGCGCUGAAAAGAUGAAUAUCUCAUCAAAUUGCACCCCUACAAUAACAGAAGGGGUUCGGACAUUGCUGACCAUUAUCUACAUACCCACAUUCAUCCUGGGAGUGCUAGGCAACGUCACUGUAUUGGUGAUAUUUGUCCGUGGGAGAAGACAUUGGAAUGACAUGAUGACAUACAUGACCAACAUAAGCAUUGCAGACUGCUUCGUCCUCAUUUCUCUUCCAUUCAAGAUCUAUUCUUAUUAUAGCACAUGGACAUUACCAUCUCUCUGCUUUGUCUUUGUCUCCAGUUAUUAUGUUAACAUGUAUGUGAGCAUCCAAACAGUCACAGCCAUAAGUGUUGUUCGAUAUAUAGCAAUAAAGUACCCUUUUAAAGCACAAGCCAUCAUGUCUCCAUGGAAAGCGUUAAUUGUGUGCAUCUUGAUAUGGGUGCUGAACUGCACAGUCAGCUCUCAGUUUCACUUGGUUGACGCUCCAGAAAAUCCCAACAAGACAGAUGACGAUUUUAGAUGUUUCCAGAAGAACACAAAGAAACCUUUACCCCUUCCUUUUAUUCUGAUUUUGGAGAUAGUAGGCUUCCUUUUGCCUUUUUCGUUAAUGACCUUUUCUUCACUCCAAGUUAUCCGUACUUUGUCAAAGCAAAAACAAGUAGGUGAGAAAACACAAUGUAUUCGUAUCAUCACAACUAACUUAACCAUCUUUGCAGUCUGCUUCAUUCCCUUCCAUUUGGGAUUUCUGUUAAAGUACAUAAUUGAGACACAUGCACAUGACAGCUGCGAUCUCCUGCAAGGAAUACACAAUUUUGUUCACAUAUCCAUGUGCAUUGCCAACACAAAUUGUUGUCUUGACUCUUUCUGUUAUUACUUUGUAACCAAAGAUUUCUGGAAGUCUGCUUUAUGCUGUUCCAGUUCACCUAAGGAACUUCUAACUAAUAAACCAUCGGGUGCAGGAUCAGUACAUUAGCUGGAAGUUCACAGAGUUUGUUUAUCAUUAUGAGUCUAAGGACAAGACUGGAAUAGCUAUAGUACAUGUACUGUAAGCCACUGUUCUCAUAAAAAAAAUUAAAAGGAAACUUCUUCAUCACUGACAACAAGGCAUAUCAGAAAGACUUUGAGAAAUAAACUUUUCCCUUUUGUAAAUAAAGAAAUUUUUUUCACUUGGAUACAAAUAUUGAAUGCCUUACCCAGGGAUGACAAGGCCAGAUGAAUGUUGUUCUAAAAAACUUAAUUGACUGAAUCUGAAAAGGGUAGGGUAACACCCGUAUGGUACACAUUUCAACUACAACUACAUUUCUUUGUGACGAAUGUACUUUGCAAAAACAGUGUCAGGAAUUUUAAACAAACUGGAAGAAAUGGUGGAAGACCAAUUGGAUUAAAGGAAUCUCUACCACACGAUGACUGUGUUUGUAAAAUAUCUGUCUUUCAAAUAACUGAGGUGUCCAUAAUCUGCUUUUAUGUAUGCCGUAUUUGUUAUAUUCUGUAUGUAGUGUCAGUACCAUGUUAAAAUAUCAAUGAUGAUCAUGCGCUCAAAAACUGAAGAAGUAACUAGGUCUUAGAAACAUCCCCUUGCCUCUUAUUUAACCAAAUAUAAAUAAAUAAAGAAUCUUUUAUGCUAUAUCUUCUGACCUGGUGGUGACAGGCAGCACUUUCCUAUAAAGGGAGUGCUUCCCAAUACGAAAUACUGUACAUGCAUCUGAGCAGGUUGCAUUGCCAGACAUCACUGUGUCACUUUGCUGAGAUUCUUUGAAAAGGCAGAGGUUUGGGAUCCAUUUUGCCAAAGCCUGAGAAAAGAUAGGCGGAACUGCUGCUUUUAUUUCAUCUGGUUUUGCUGUGUUGAAUGUGUUGGUAUUGUUUUAACAAAACCUCUUUUAUCAGUUUAAUGCUCAAUGUUGUAACUGAGAUGUCAGUGUCUACCUUGUGUUUACAGUUUUUCUUUCAACUGUAAUAAAUGUUAUC